AAUUUUCCUUUCUAAAGAUUUUGAAAGGAAACUUUAACACGAUUUUGGUUUGCAUUUGUUUAUUAUUUGAAGGAGCUGGCUUCAUUGGUCGCCAUUACCGCCGCCACCACCACCACCACCAACACUCAAGUCUAAGUCGACUCACCUGUCAGACAGGGGAAUCAAACACGAUGACCAAAAAAGAGGACCAUUCUCCGGAUCCAGAUGACCAGGAGGAGUACUCAGUUGAGAAAAUUUUAGAUAAGCGUGUACGAAAUGGUCGUGUUGAAUACUACCUAAAAUGGAAGGGUUAUGGAGAUGAAGACAACACAUGGGAACCAGGAUGCCACCUAGAUUGUCCAGAACUGAUAUCAGAAUUUGAAGAACGAAGAAAGAAAGAAGAUGCCAAAAAGAAGGAAGAGAAGAAAAUAAAAACUCCAGCAACAGAUGAUGCAUCAACAGAUGAUGCAUGUAUACCUGGAGAAUGUUCGGGGGUCAACGCCCCCGUGGCCCCGGUCUGUGACCAGGCCUCACGGUAGAUCCGAGCCUAAUCAACUAGUGCACAAAUAACGACUAUAGGAGACAAAGCGACGACGUUUCGGUCCAACUUGGACCAUUAACUAGUCACAAAGGCUGUGUGACUAGUUAAUAGUUCACGUUGGACCGAAACGUAGUCAUAAGUUUCCGUCUCCUAGUCCGGGUUUGUGACUACUGAGGUACAGGUCCACCCAAGUACAAUUAUCAUACACAGUAAUAUGUGUAUAUAUUGCCCAUUUACGGUAUUGUGCCUUUUUAUUUAUAUACAGCUAAGGACAGCAGGAAAAAACUAUAACCCUGAAUGGCUUCUUCAGGAGCAAGUGACGUGGUGCAACUCGUCCUUAAUAAAUGUCCUGAACUGUACAUAGCCGUCUUCUCCACACCUCGUCAGUAUCAUCACAAUAUUUACUUCCAGCUUAAAUAAGUCUUGUGGGCAAUAUACUUUUAUUCUUCGGUGCAUAAUUACAAUUGUUCGAUAAUUGCUCAAAUUCAUAACUUCCAUUUGUACACUGAAAAAAAUAAAUGUAAAUGUAAGCGA